CCCGCCCCGGGAAUGCGCUGCUCGGCGGCCGCUCGAAGGAGCUGCGCGGCGGGCGGGGAGCGGGAUGGAGGUGGAGGAGGCGUUCCCGCUGGUGGGGCAGAUGGGCCCUUACCAGGUGUACCUGUGCGUCCUGCUGGCUGUGCUCCUCCAGCUCUAUGUGGCCACUGAAGCCAUCCUCAUCGCAUUGGUGGGGGCAACUCCUCCCUACCAGUGGGAUCUCCAGGGGCUCUCUGCUAAUGAGAGCCACGGCAACCACUCAGUGAGCGAGCAGGGAGCUUUUGGGGAAUGGCUUCUGACUGCCAACAGCAGCGAGGUGCGUAAGCACGUACACUUCGGCAGCAACUUCACAUCCAUUGUCUCUGAGUGGUUUUUAAUUGGCAAUGCAUCGUACAAAGUCAGUGCUGCCAGUUCUUUCUACUUCAGUGGUGUGUUUGUUGGAGCCAUCUCCUUUGGGCAGCUGUCCGAUCGCUUCGGGAGGAAGAAAGUCUAUCUCACAGGUUUUGCACUUGACAUCUUGUUUGCCAUUGCAAACGGAUUCUCACCCUCGUAUGAAUUCUUUGCCGUUUCCCGAUUCUUGGUAGGGAUGAUGAAUGGUGGGAUGUCCCUGGUAGCCUUUGUUCUGCUGAAUGAGUGUGUGGGUACAGCCUACUGGGCAUUAGCAGGUUCUAUUGGUGGCUUGUUCUUUGCUGUUGGAAUUGCCCAGUAUGCUUUAUUAGGGUAUUUUGUUCGUUCCUGGAGGACUCUGGCUGUUGUGGUUAAUCUGGAAGGAGCAGUCGUCUUUCUCUUCUCUCUAUUCAUUCCCGAGUCCCCCCGCUGGCUCUAUUCCCAGGGCCGUCUGAACGAGGCGGAAGAUGCCCUCUACCUCAUUGCCAAGAGGAACCACAAGCAGAAAUGCACUUUUUCAUUAAAACUGCCAGCAGAGAGGAGCUCCAGAGAGGCUGGCAGCUUUCUGGACCUGUUCCGAUACAGGAUUCUCCUGGGACGCACCUUGAUCAUGAUGUUCACCUGGUUUGUGUGCAGCUUGGUUUACUACGGUCUUACCCUUAAUGUGGGUGACUUAGGCGGAAAUAUUUAUGCCAAUUUAGCCCUGUCAGGCUUGAUAGAAAUCCCAGCAUACCCAAUCUGUAUUUACUUGAUUAACCAAAAAUGGUUUGGUCGGAAGCGAACGUUGAGUGCAUUUCUCUUCCUGGGAGGAUUGGCCUGUCUUAUUGUCAUGUUUCUGCCUAAGAAGAGAGAUACUGGAGUGUUUGCUGUGGUGAACAGUCGCUCUCUGUCUUUGCUGGGAAAACUGACAAUCAGUGCUGCUUUUAAUAUUGUCUACAUCUACACAUCAGAACUUUAUCCCACAGUCAUAAGGAAUGUUGGAAUGGGUGCCUGCUCCAUGUUUUCCCGUGUUGGUGGCAUCAUUGCGCCUUUUGUCCCUUCAUUGAAAUCUGUUCAGUGGUCUCUGCCUUAUAUUGUGUUUGGAGCAACUGGUCUGUUGUCCGGGCUCUUAAGCUUGUUGUUGCCAGAGACCUUAAACAGCCCUUUGCUAGAAACUAUUUCAGACCUGCAGGUGUGCUCCUACUGGAGGUUGGGUGAUGAAGCCAUGUCACUGCAAGCCCUAGAUGGCUCACAGUCUGGAGACAAAGACAGCUCUACAGGGAGUGGAAGUGAAGAUGAGGAGUUUUAUGAUGCUGAUGAAGAGACUCACAUGAUAAAGUAAUGAAAAGAAGAAACACUGGCCUAUUUUAUGCCUCUUCUUGCCCAGUCAGUCCAGCUGUAUGACAAGUACUUGUACUGUAUGACAAGUAUUGCUUGCCAGGCAAUGUAAUUGGGCAAGUGCCUAUGUUUUUCCUUACUUGGAGAGGGAUUUGGGUACUGUUCAGACUGAUGACAUCAGUGAUGUUCUCCAUAUGACGCAGCCAUUCCAAUUCUUGUGGUUCAGAAUACAGUGCAUGGACUGCAUUUGAAGCCAGGUGAGACAGCCGGAGUGAGAUGAUGUAUUUCAGAAGCCCAGGAAUAACCUAGGCUUAGACAAAUUUGGAGAGAUCAUCAGUGUGUGUGUUACUAUUUUAUUCUCAAGGUGGUGGAUUUUAUUUCAGUACAAAUUGGUAAACUUGGAAACAGCCACUGUAUUUUCCAUAAGGGUGAAAGUGGUCAGAGAAUGUGCUAUGUGCUACUCCAGUGGGAACAAAUUGCUGAAAUUGUAUGUUUAAAUGGCUUUUGCGUAUUCAGUGGAGGAGAGGCAGCUGUGAACAAAAGGUUUCUGCGUGCACACCUACAGGUGGUUAGUCAUGAGCUGGGCUUUAACUUAGUGAUAAUGGAAGGUUGGGAGGAAGGACUGCACAAAAGAGCGGCCACAACGCCUGCCAACAUACAGGAAGUUACUGACUUUUUUCCUUCUUUUCAUACACAAAGCUUUUUCUUGGUCUUGUGAAUGUUUGCCACAUGUUCCCCACAUCUCAGCAUAGCUGUUUAUAGCUUCACCUACUUUUACCUUGUCCUCACUUUGCCAUAACUGUUGAAGCUCAGCAACUUCUCUGUGGAGUGAAAUAAUUCUGUGAUGGAUAUCGUUUCCUGGGUGCAACAAAGGUGAGGCAUUUAUCACAUACCAUGUGUGUGAUGUGAUAGAAUGUAUAGCUCACUUUUGUGGACCUGUCUGGGUCUUUAUUUCUGGAAAAGGCUUAACUUUGAAGUGGUAAGAGGAACUGUGGAGUGCUUUUAUAUUUUGGGUGCUGUUAUCAGGAAGCUGCUGGUGCUUAUUUUAAAAUCUUUUGUGUAGCUAAGGUUUUAAUUUAAAAAGACAGCAAAUCUCUUUGGACCUUUUUGGUUACUUGAUGUUUUCUGACCAAUGCUUGCUCAAGCACUUGGUUACUUGACCUUGUUAAGGAAAACAACUUCACUUUCCUGUUUCACUGAACUUUCUGUAGGUGCUUCAUUAGAGGGAUAUGGAAUCCCAAAGUGUGAAACAUGUGGAAUGUUCCAACUACAAAAAUGAGGCCUUACAGAGAUUCAGUUUUCUUGAUGACAUUGCCAUCUUCAUCCUCUAACUUGUGGCUUUCUCUUUGUCAAGAUUGGUUUCCUUAAAAUGUUAGUCUUCCUACUUUGAGUUCCUAGCAAAGUGCUCACAAUGGCAGUAAAUAUAUUUUCAGGCUCAUGAGUCAUUUUUGCAGAUCUAAGAAUUAAAAAAGGUGGGUCUAAAAAUAUCAAAAAGCUGUCUGCUGAAUAUGUCCUGGUUAGAGUGGGAAGUUCCUUUACUUGCAAGGAAGUGAAAGUAACCAGCAUCUGACGUUUGCAGCCAGCUGCUUGAACUUUGUUCACUGGGAACUGUAACGCUGAGCAAAGUGCAUCUGCCCUGAUUGGUGCAAAGAGCAGCCCAGAGUCUGCAGUUUGACACAUGCAGCAUUCCAAUGGGGUGUGAACUUGAUCCAGGUGUUGACUGUGAGCAAAGUUGGGAACUUCAGUCCCUAUGAACAGUCUGUCAAUAUUGUUGUGCUUUUUGCCUGUAUUAUUCUUCACUGGAAGAAUUCUCACUCAUAGUCUUCCCUUUUUUUUCCCCCACAGACUGUUGAGUAGUUGUUGUAGAUGUGGCACUUUUUAACCCAGGUGGGUAGUCUUUCUGCCUUAUUUGGCCCUUUUGUGUAUAAGGAAAUUUCACCAAAUAAGGUACUCAGAAAUAGUUGGAAAAGUUGGAGCUAUUCAAAUAGUUUUAAUUUUUUUACUCACACUUUAAUUUAUGGACAGCUGGGAAAAUGACUUUUUAUUGCUGGUGGCAAUCAGCAGUAAGCCUGGCAGUAAUAACACGUUGCCAAGGUGUUUUUACAUGUUUGUUUUUAGGUGUUUGUUGCCUCUGUUCAUCUUUGGGUGUUGGGUGGAACUAGUCAGGAGCUGCAAUUAUCUGCCCUAGCGACCCUGUGUAAUGCCUCAAGACCCUCAACAGAAUUUUCAUUAACAGUAGGAUGUUGUAAUGGUUCAGGAGGAGAAGAUUACUCUCUGCAGGACCUGAGCUAGAUUUUGUGAGUCUUUAAAUAAAAAUUAAAUUUACCUCUCCACUCAUGCACUUUAUGGUAUUGGUAUACAUAUGUAAAAUUGCAGAAACAAGAGUGAAGACAAAAUUAGCAACUUUUUUGCAUAGGAGUUGCUGCUCUUUUAUUAACGUUAAAUCUGUCCCAUGCUUUUACCUUUGGAAUUCUAAAGGGAAUAUUUAAAAAGGAGUUAUGAAUCUUCCAUUGUUACUUUCCCAUAUCAGUUAAUUGAGAAAGUUUAGAGGAGAGAAUCCCUGCAGGAGGAGCUCAGCAGUGUAGCAUCAAACUUUGCAUUCCAGCUUUGUGUUCUGAAGUUCAGAUCCAUUAGGUGCAUUAAGUUUCUUUUCUGAGGCUGUUCAUUUUUAGUAUGAGCUGGCCUUCUGAUACAGAAACCUAUAGGAUCACUUUUCUUCUUACCCAUGAUAUGUAAUGCUUUACAAUGUUGAGAUAGUUGUAUCUCAGUGUGUGAGCAGUAAGUUUGCCAUGAGGAGCUACUGGAAAGUAGAACACUGGGUACAUCAGUCUACUACAUGUUGUAGUGCUAGGAGUCUGAGACCAAGGUUCUUGCUAUAGUUUACUGCAGUGUGAUAAUCUUCUGCCAUGUUUUUUUGCUAGAGUAGCCAGUACUGUAAAGCCAUUUUCAUGUUGUGCAGGCCCUAAGGUACCACUUUUCCCAAGGUGGAAUUUCUUCUCUGGAUUCCUUUGGCUGUGAUUUUUUUUUCUUUUUCUUUUUCUUUUUUUUUUUUUUUUCAGGUAGCUCACUUAGUGGGAUUAUGCUAGAGAGAGGAGAGCUUUUCCCAUGGUGCUGAUUAGUCAGGUCUGAGCAGAAUCCCAAACACACUUCACCUGCCUGGGGAGCUCACAAAUGAUAAGUGAAUACACCUAAGAGUGAAGGAGAGUGACAGGUCAUGUGAGGCAGCAUGGAGGAGAAUGAGCUGGAAGAAGUGAAAAAAAAAAAAAUGGAGGAUUCAACUGAAACACUUUAGGGCAAGGGUAAGUGAAAACACAAAAUAACUGUUGGGUAGAAAUACCCUUUAAUACAAUAAAAUUUUAAAUUUUUACUGACAACAAAGAUAGUGUUCUCUAAUUAGGAAUUGGAAAGUUCAGAGACCCCUGACAUACCAGAAACGUAGAAGCUCUGUGUUAAAGGAGAGCCAGAGGUGACUCUGUGUUCAGGUCAGGAUGCUGAGUGAGGAGCCCCUCCAGAGACCCCCAGCUAACAUGGAGCAGGUUGCAGCUUGUUUCCACCAUAGUUACAGUCCAGGCUGUAAGGAUGGGAGCCAUCAUUAGCGUUCAUCAGCUCAAAGUGUGCAAUCCAUGCCAGCUUUUCCAAACUGUGUGGAUGUUCUUAGUAGGACAUGAUUUACAGAGCCAUGGGGAAUGCAGUUGAGCCAUACAUUUUACAACGUAUUUCAUCUAAGCAUGUAAAAGCAGUUUGCAAGAGAAUGUUUUUCUUGCAUUCAGGAAAAAGGGAAAGUAUGGAAAUUUUCCUGGAGUGUGUUAAAGGGAAUAUUAGCACUAAAACUCUUGUUCUUAAGUCUUCUGAAUGCAGAUAAUAAUCACGACUGCAGACUGGGUGAGCAGUAUUUUGUUUUAGCUGAAGGUUGUGUGUUUAUCCCUUUUCCCACCCCAUGAGCGCUUCUCUGGCCCAGCUCUUUGACACAGCAGAAUCUGUGACUGCAGACUGUGAGCCUUGCAGUAAAGAUGUCAGAAAAGCCCAAGAGCAGUGCUGUCAUUUGAUGGUGGAAGUUAGUCUGAUCUGACACAGUGUUUCUAUCAGAAAUGUCUAUAUUCAGCUGUUUACCAAACAGGAGACUUAGGGUAUAGCUGUAUUUUUGAGUCUCAUUUGUUGUAUCUUACUGCAAGAUAUGUGGUAGAAAGACAUCUACAUAAGUUAACCUCUCUGGCAGAUCUAAAUGUGGAAUUGGAGGGUGAACAAAUUUAUACAUAAUUUUUUCAUGCUGUGUAUUUUAAUGUAUUUUAAUUUUGUCUAGUCUGUUGUAGCCUUCAGAUUUUCCAGGUGCUACUGUUAUGUAAGGCUAGUAGAGCUGGGUAAAAGUGUACCCUGGUAGUCUAAAUUUACUGAACUUUCUCAUCCCAAUUUUGGUACUAUUCUCUGUUUCUGUCAUUCUGAAAAAUGCCCCUGUAUUGCCUAAUAGGGAACAGAUUUUUUUUGUUCUAAUUUGAAGUGCCUGUUUUGUGAAAGUAGUCUUUAAUUUCCUCCGUCAAUUUUAUAUGGGACUAUGUGUAAAGUAGCAUCACAGAAUUGGAUUAUAUGUGUGCCAAAGACAGUUUUUGCUGGAGAGCAAUAGUCCAAAACUAGUUUGAGCUGCCUUUAUUUAGACUUUAUCCAUGCAGAACUGGUCCGCAGAACUGGUAUUUACAGGCAUCCCUGAAACUAUAGGGACAGAGAGUUACCUUUGUUUGCUUGUCUUUCAUUGCUUGGUUCACUUAAGUAGCUUUUGUUUCUGAGAAACCAAAGAAAUUAAAUGAAGGAUUAAAGUGUUCUUUUUGUAGAACAUUCAAAGUUUAUACCAUGUAGCCAUUGCAGAGAAAUCUGCAGAACCUGUUUUGAUUCUGAAUUGCAAGUGUCAAAGUUUACUCUCUAAGACUGAUAAAACCUGGUUAAAAACUGUACACUGGAAUUUGUUAGUUCAUUCAUCAAUCUUACAAAUUAGCAUUGCUAGUAAACAGUUUGCCUGGAGCUUCUUGGGAUCUAGCAGGUUUUUAUAAAAUGCACACUCUGUUUGAGGCAUUGCUAAAUAAUAAUAUAUGGAUUUUAAAUCCCUACUACAGCUAAUAUUCACUGCAAGUCAGCCUUGUUAUGGCUGCAUAUUUGUCAGGA